AUGCAUCAGUGGUUUAAGCAGGCAAGAUCCAAAACACUGCCAAUUUCCGGUCCGAUUUUAAAAGAAAAAGCCCUUGAGUUCGCCGAACAGCUAGGAGUACCUGACUUCAAAGCAUCCGAUGGCUGGCUGAUGUCAUGGAAAAUUCGGUUCAACAUAAAACAGUUCAAAGUUAGCGGGGAGAGUGCAGGUGUCAAUCUUGAUAUCGUGGACGACUUUAAGACACGCCUACCAACCAUUCUUGGAGAUUACGAGAUGAAGAAUAUCUUUAACUGUGACAAGACAGGUCUGUUUUUUCGUGCAUUACCAGACAGGACAAUGGCUUAUAAAACACAAGCGGCAAAAGGUGGGAAGGUUUCAAAAGAAUGA